AAACACAUGAAGGCCAGGAGCUCAGAAUUUAUGUUGAAUAUGGCCAAAAAUGUGAAGAAAUUAACAUUGGCCAACAAGCUGGCUAAAAGGGGAGAAGUGAUAAAGCCAACCGAGAUAAUAAGCCGACAAAAUCGGGCGGAUAAUGUAAGGGACAUUGAAGAUCUAGUGGGAGUAUCUUCUCCUGCAUCAGGAACUAGCUCAAUAUAUUUCUCCCCUAUUCAAACCCGCAAGCAGCGUCACAUAAAUGGGAAAUCCCUUCAAAAAAUUAACAGUAAAAUGGAACUCCAAUCUCCAAGUCGUGUUCCACCCAAAAAGAAUAAAAAAGAAGAUCCGAUGGUGACCAAAAUAGAAAUUGGAUCGGUUACUGUGCUUAAAUGCAAAGUGGUUCCAGAAGCUGCAGCUUCUCCCAUAAGGAUUGAGAAUAUCAAAAAAGAAUUGGAACCAGAAAUAAAACAGGAACUAAAUACUCUAGAAAAUCAAGGGGGCUUAAAACCUAUUAAAAUAGAACUAGAUCCCACAGUACAUGAACAUUUAUACGAGGAAGUCGAAGCACCACAUCCUUUAUGGUAUAAUCACUUAGAAAACAUACGCCUCAUGAGAAUCUCUAGGUCUGCUCCUGUGGAUACCAUGGGAUGCCAUCGCUGUGCGGAUCCCAAAGCAGAUGCAAAGACCCAAAGAUUUCAAAACUUAGUAGCCCUAAUGUUGUCCAGUCAAACCAAGGAUCAGACAACUUAUGAAGCCAUGAAUCGUCUUAAGGACCAAACUCUAACUCCACUUAAAAUUAAGGAAAUGCCAGUGACUGAACUGGAGAGCUUACUGCACCCCGUAUCCUUCUAUAAGAACAAAGCCAAAUACCUCAAGCAAACAGUUGAGAUACUAAUGGAAAAAUAUGAUUCGGAUAUUCCGGACAAUCCCAAGGAACUUGUAGCUCUACCUGGAGUUGGUCCGAAAAUGGCUCAUAUAUGUAUGGCGGUGGCCUGGAAUAAGAUCACCGGGAUUGGAGUAGAUGUCCAUGUGCAUCGCUUGUCGAAUAGAUUGGGUUGGCUACCAAAGGCUACGAAGGAACCGGAACAAACCCGCAGCGCAUUGGAAAAGUGGCUGCCAUUUAGUCUCUGGUCGGAGGUUAAUCAUCUAUUCGUGGGAUUCGGACAAACUAUUUGUACUCCAGUAAAUCCAAAAUGUGGGGAAUGCUUAAACAAGGAUAUUUGUCCUUCAGCUAGCGCUGAAACUAAACCAAAAAAGAAGAGAGACCGAUAGUGAGAAUUUCAUAAAAUUAUAAAUACCAAGAUAAAAACUGUGUUAGCCAUACUCAGAAUU